AAAAACAGUAUGAAACAGGACUCAGCGCUGACGGCACGCGUUUCGCUUCGAGAGAGAGAGAGUUACCCGAAAAAUAACCAAGCAAGCAGCACAAAAAACGCGCUAAAGUCGCCCGUUGUUGUUGUUGUCGUCGUCGAAAGUCGAAAGUCGGUUGUCGCUUGUCUCGUUGUUUCCCGUUGUUUCUCGUUGAUUGUCGUUGUUGUUGUUGUUGUCGCCGCCGUCACCGUCGUCGGUUGUUGUCGUUUUGUUGUUGUUGCUGGCUCUCGUCUUUUUUUUUUUGCAUUAUUUUGUUGUUGCCGCCGUCCCGCCGCCUCCGCCUUCGCCCACGCCCACGCCUCCGCCGCCCCGCCCCCUUUUCGUCUGUCUGUCUGCGUGUGAGCGUGUGAGCGUGUGCUGGUGUGUUGUGUCUGUGUCGCGCAUGUGACCGCCUCAGCUGCUGAAACUUCGAAACAAAUAUUGGAAAAUUGCGAGUAAAAGAGGUGUGCCUGUAAGACGAAGGAACCGAAUGCAGAUUGAAAACUAAAGUUCGAGGAAACCAGCUGAAACCAAAACAAGGAAGCGAGCCCCUGUCCGUGUGAAGGACCUUGUGGGUCUGUGUGCGUGCGUGUGUGUGUGUGUGGGUGAGGCGACACCACUACCACUACCACUACCACUACAGCAGCAGCAGCAGGCGAACUACUUUUUGUGCCAAGGACUCGUCCUUUGUCUACCCCUCUCCCCAUCCACACUACGCGGCAUAAGGAAGAACAGAUGGAGGAGGAAUGAGACACAGGAAUGAGAGGAUGUGAAGCAAAAGGACAACGAGGACAACUAGGAGCAGAACAAAGGCAAAACCGAAAGAGGGCCACCAAAUUGAAGAACACACACAUUUGAAGAAUUUUAAUCGAAAACUGCCAAGAAACAAGUAUAUUUACAAAUAUAUUUAUAUACCUUGUAAGCCAAAAACGACCGUACAUUAAUAGAUCUAAAUAUAUAGAUACAUAUACAUACGAGUAUAUAGAGAAAUAUAUGUUAUAUUUACUAUGAAAUCGUGGAAGCAUGGAAGCAUGGACACCCAGAAUAAUAAUCGAUGUAAAUAAAUGCUGCCAAUUCGAUUACACUGCGAAUGAAAACUGCAACUGAGAUGCAUAAAACGCACAACAACAAUCCCAGAAAUACCAGAAAUUCACAACCCAUGAAGAAAAAGUUCACUUUUCCCGCGACAGCUGCGCCUGCGCCUUAAAAACUAGAAAUAAAUAUAUAAAAUAUAUAUAUAAUAUCGAUCUUGGAACUAUCAUAUUGGAACUAUCAGAUUGGAGCCGCCAGUGCAGAGGAUUAUAUAUAUAUAUUUAUAUAUAUAUAUAUAGCAAGAGAGAGAGCGAGAGAGAGAGAGAGAGAGAGAGACGGGGCAGAUCCACCACCGCAGCACUGGCAAAAAAAGCGUGCAGAGGGAAAUGAGAUGAAGUGGUUUCAAGUGACCAUAGAUAUGAUUCUUGUGCUUUCAUUUAUAUCAAGCAGCACAGCGAAUCCGGAUGCGAAACGAUUGUACGACGAUUUGCUGAGCAACUACAACAAACUGGUACGACCGGUGGUCAAUGUGACGGACGCCCUCACCGUUCGCAUCAAGCUGAAGCUAUCGCAACUGAUCGAUGUCAAUCUGAAGAACCAGAUCAUGACCACCAAUCUGUGGGUGGAGCAGUCCUGGUACGACUACAAGCUCAAGUGGGAGCCCAAGGAGUACGGCGGCGUCGAGAUGCUCCACGUGCCCUCCGAUCACAUUUGGCGUCCGGACAUCGUCCUUUAUAACAACGCCGACGGCAACUUCGAGGUGACGCUGGCCACCAAGGCCACGCUGAAUUACACAGGACGCGUCGAGUGGCGACCGCCGGCGAUUUACAAGAGCUCCUGCGAAAUCGACGUGGAGUACUUUCCCUUCGACGAGCAGACCUGCGUCAUGAAGUUCGGCAGCUGGACAUACGAUGGAUUUCAGGUGGAUCUGCGGCACAUCGACGAGCUGAACGGCACCAAUGUCGUGGAGGUGGGCGUGGAUCUGUCCGAGUUCUACACGUCCGUCGAAUGGGAUAUCCUCGAAGUUCCUGCAGUGCGAAACGAGAAGUUCUAUACGUGCUGCGAUGAGCCAUAUCUGGACAUCACCUUCAACAUCACGAUGCGGCGGAAGACGCUCUUCUACACCGUCAACCUGAUCAUUCCCUGCAUGGGCAUCAGCUUCCUCACCAUCCUCGUGUUCUACCUGCCAUCGGACAGUGGCGAGAAGGUCUCAUUAAGCAUAUCCAUUCUGCUGUCGCUCACUGUGUUCUUCCUGCUGCUGGCGGAAAUCAUUCCGCCCACAUCGCUGGUGGUGCCGCUGCUGGGAAAGUUUGUGCUCUUCACCAUGAUACUGGAUACCUUCAGCAUCUGUGUGACUGUGCUGGUGCUGAACAUCCACUUCCGGUCGCCGCAGACGCACACGAUGGCUCCGUGGGUGCGGACCGUGUUCAUCAACCAGCUGCCCCGCUUCCUGGUCAUGCGGCGUCCGCUCUAUCCGAUCAGCGAGAUGAUCAAAUCCUCGCGCCGCCUGAUGGUGCGCACCUGCAACGGACUCGAACUGAGGGAUCAAAUACCACCGCUGCCACCGCCGGUGGCCUUGUCUCGCAUGCACCACAGCCCGAAGACAACAUCGCGCAGCACCUCGCCGCACCUGCAGCACCGCGUGCAGACCUACAACCUGAUGGACGAGUGCGGCAUGGGCAUGGGCAUGGGCAUGGGCGGCGGUGCCUCCACCAUCACUGGCCAUUUGAGCUCACUCUAUCCGCCGACCAUGUCGACGGCCAACCAACAGACCUCGACCACAUCCUCGCUGAUCGAUGCCCAGUACCACAAUCAGUACCAGCAGACGGGCGGCUCGCUGCUGGACCAUCCACUGACACCCACCAAGUUCCGCCAGAUGACCUCGACCUCCAGCCAGACGGGUCAGAAUGGCAGCGGGAACGGUAACGGUAAUGGUAACGGUAAUGGGAACGGGAACGGUGGCUAUGGGGGGCAUGGCCAGAGUGGCGGCGGUCACCAUUUGUAUCGGCAGCAGUCGAGCUGCUCGGCAAACUUUUCGCCGCUGCCGCAGCACGCCCACCAGGCGCACGCCUCCACCACCACCAGUGAUCUGGGCAUGGCCAAUCCGAAUGUGAUAAAGUCGACGACGACGGUUAACUCGGUGGCCACCGCCUCGACGCUGGCGGACUCCUGCUGCAGCGGCACCAUCCAGAUUCAUCAGGGCAUGGGCGCCGGUGCCGCCUGCCAGUCGUCGGAGCUGCUGCAUCACCAGCAGCUGCACCACCAGCAGAUGCACCACCAGCAGCAGCAGCAGUACCACCACCAGCGACCCACCACCUCGGCAGCGGCGGCGGCAGCGGCAGCCGCCGGCGGACCCAGCACCUCGGCAGCGGCAGCUGCAGCAGCGGCGGCAGCGGCAGCCGGAACGCCACCCCCACCGCCUCCGCCGGCGGGCGUCUGUGAUAUUCUGCCCGCCUGUCAGCGCGAGGGCGGGCCGCACUGCUGCUCGGGGCGUGGCAAUGUUCGCCAACGGUGGCACACCUGCCCGGAACUCCACAAGGCCAUGGACGGGGUCACCUACAUUGCGGAUCAGACGCGCAAAGAGGAGGAGAGCACAAGGGUGAAAGAGGACUGGAAGUACGUGGCCAUGGUGCUCGACCGCCUGUUCCUGUGGAUCUUCACAAUAGCCGUGGUCGUCGGCACCGCCGGCAUUAUCCUGCAGGCUCCGACGCUCUACGACACCCGGAUGCCCAUCGAUAUAAAGCUAUCGGAGAUCGCCUCGACGACGGCCAAGCCGAAUGUGGCCAGGCCCGUGUUGUAAGCGGAUCGAUAAUUAUCGGUUCGUUUAUCGAUCGAUAUCCAGAGAUAUUUCGGCGAAAACACAAACCACACACAGUCUGAAGGAGCAAAACACAAGUAAUGAAUGAAAUUCGCAUUUGUUUUUUCUUUAACCAGAGACGGAAGAUAGAAAACAAAAAAACAAAACAAAAACAAAAUAGCAACAAAAACAGAAAAUAACCACAAAACUUGUUCCAGAAAAACAGAAACAGAAACGACGACGACAAGAAUCCAAGUAACUAUAACUAAUAAAUUGUAUUUGUUGUAUACAUAAAAGGUAUAACUAACUAUAAAUAAUUUGUACACUAAUGUUUAAACAGGCAACGAUUGCUAAACAAAACGGUUUUUUUUCUAGGCAACCUAAAUGAACAGAGACAAAAUAUGAAAAGUGACGAAAAAACAAAAAAAAAAAAACAAAAAAACAAAAACAAACGAAUUAAUUAAGUAAACCAAUUCAACUGAAACGAAGCGCAAAAUAGUAUGCAACAGAUAAACAAAUACGAUUUAUGGUAAUAAUUGAGAGCGAAAUUGAAUUAGUGAAAUUAAAUUAGCCUAGCCAAACAUCAAGAAUAACGGAAAAAUAAAACAAAACAAAAAAAAAAAGUGUAUUUGUUAAACAAGAAAGUGAGAAGUAGGAGGACAACAUUAGUUAGCUAAGCGAAUCAACAUAAAGGAACAGGAAAAAAGCCAACAAAAAAGGCAUGUGUGUGUACAAGUGUGUGUGUCUGCACUGAGCAAAAAUCGAAGGAGAAGGUAGAACAGGAAGUUUGCCAUUUAGAGCCUUUAAAUGCCAUUUAACUUGCAGAUUAAUUCCAACUUUUUAACGUAGUUACGUACAUAACAAUAGCUCACAGAAAGUUAACAAUGAACAUUUUGCCUUUAAAUCAAGACAAAUGCAUCUUGAAGUUAGUUUCCAUAAAUAUUAUAAUGUUUUUAAAGUUUUCUAUGAAAAUCUUUGGCUGAUUGUUUGCAAUUUUUAUAAAAAGUAUCUGUUAAGAAAGUUAUGAUUAAUCAAGAAUAAGACCUUUUUUCACUUUGAGAAUUAUUCUGCUCGAUUCAUUUUCUCCGUGUGCAUUAGUGUGCGUGCUGCCGUGUGUGUGUGUGCUAGUGUGUGCUAGUGUGUUUGCGUGUGUGUGUGACUGCAAAUGAGGCAUGCAAAUUAGAGCAAAUAAACCGAGAGAAAGUAAGGGAGAAAGAGUGUAAGAGGGGGAAGGGGGGUAGAGUGCAGCCCCAGGCCACCGGAAAACCGGAAGAGCCCCUCUCACCACGCCCCCCUCCACGAUUUCGCCUUGGGGCAAUUAGUUAGCACAAAGCUUUAGUUAUUAUGCCCAAGUGUACGUGGGCGCAUGUGUGGGCAUAGUAAAAAAUCACCAUUAGAAAUUCAAAUUCAAUUUUGGCGCUUGCACUGCCUAAUUGGCAAAAGCGCGUCCAAGUUGCUCACGAUCCUAUUUUUUUUUGGCCGCCCAAUUAACAUUUCCCACGCUCGCCGCGCUCAUAAUUCAUACUAACUUCCAGUUGCAUAAUUCACUAAAAACAAAAAAAAGCAGCAACAGCAACAAAUAACACGGCAAGUUACCUGCCAAAUAAAAAGGGCAAUGUUACAACCCAAACUUCGCCUGCGAAUUUGUUCUGCUCUCAAAUGGCGAUUGCUUUAUUUGCAGCCCCGUUUAUUUGCCGUACACUUUUUAUUGCUCAUAAAAUCAAAUGAUGCCUGAUUAGGGAAAGCCAGCAAAAAACAAAAAAAAGGAUGUAACAAACAGGACAUUGACAGCGGAGGGAAAUCCCCUUUUUUGCAUCCGAAAAACCGAAAGUUUUAAAAUGUACGCAACAUAACACGUUUCUGUUAGCCAAGGAAAUUUUAACAGCAGCCAGGCGACAGACGUUUCCUUUUUGAUAUUGCGCACUCCCAAAAAAGGGAAAUUUCUUUGUUUAUAUGUGGAACUCAAGUAAAGCUAUAUUAUUUCUUUUCUAAGAGCUUAAACUUAUUUUUAAAAUAUUGUUUGUUCUUAAUUCACUGGUACAAUGAGUAUAUACAUACCUAUUGAUAUCUCAAAUACCCCCGCUAGCUCUUAGUUUUAUUUAUGUUAUAUUUAUAUUUUAUUUUUACCUCUUAAAUGGUUUAAUCUUUUAAAUUCCUUCCUUUUGGAAAUAAUUUUAAAAUUCACUGAAAUGGUUUUGUGAUUUUUGGUCGCCUAAAUUAUUGCCAAAGCCAACAGAAAGCACAGUGUGCGUGUGUCGUCACAAGCAAGUGUCAAUCACAGUCACCGCAGUGCAAUUGUCCUGCCACGCCCCCUUUACCACCCACCCACACACACGCACACCAAAAAAAAAAAAAAAAAAAAAAAAACACUUUUCCAGUUUUUAAUUAAAUGAAAUGCAAGCGAAGAGUUAUUGCAGUCAGUGUGCCAGAGCGAGACGGGGCGAUGAGUGAAAUGCACACAAAAUGAAAAGCCAUUAACGAAAUAUUAUAUCUGAAGAUGGAGGGAGUGGCGAUGUCAGCUGAAUCCGCUUUGGGAUAUAAAAAGCGCACAAAUUUCGGAAGUUUCUCUGCACCCAGCGAAACACUUGUUUCCAUAUAAUUGUUGCUAUAUAAUUUCUUAUAAUUUAUUAGUUUUGGGACCACAGAAAUCUGUUGAAGAACCCCUCAGAAUUUUAAUUUUUAUAUGAAAAUAUAGAUUUUCUCCGUGUGUGUCUUUGAUGUUAUUUAAGCGCAGGGCAUUUAAUAGGUUACCCCCGAAUUAUGACUGGUCCCAAGUGGAGAAGAAGUGAUUCUGGCAUGGGGGCCGUUGGAGACCGCAAAUCAUAAUUGUUGCGGACACACAAGACACAACAAAAUCAAAUGGCUCGUCCAGGAGUUGGAGCUUUGGGGAGUGGAUGCUGGAUGGUGGAUGGGUGGAGUGGACUGCUCCACGAGGUCGUAACAAUGCAAACUGUGUGGCCACACACAAAAAGGACAUUAGCCCUGCUCCUUUCCUUUGCUCGCCAGUUUGCUUUGCUUUCGGCCAUUGGCGGUUGCUUUUGCUUGUGCUUUUGGCCUUGCUUUUACUUUAUACUUUGUUAUAUUUCAUUUUAUUGGGCUGCCAAUGAGCGAUGAGUAUCAGCACUGAAAGUGGUUAUAAAACAGUGAAAUGAGCCUGGGAAGCUUGGCAAGCAGUUAACCGGUUCAUAACCGAUACGGAUUCCUAAUUCAACUACCAGUACUCAAUUUACAUGUGUGAGUGUGGAUAUGCGAAAGCUGAUUAAAACAUUUCAGUGAACGCAAUUGAACCGUAUCUCUAAAUCCUUUACAACAAAUCAUACAAUUCGAAUUGGAAUUGGAAUUGAAAGCUCUGCAACGUACAUACAUAAAAAAAGGAAACCUAUGCUCUGCCAAUUGUUGGCCCAACAAAAUAGAACGAAAAAAAAAGAAAGAAAAAAAAAACGCAAAGGCUUAGCCGGAAAUAUCCAUCAUUGAACAUUUUCCACUGUACCGGCGUUUUAUCUAUGGGCCCGCGUGUUUCGAGUGCCUCGCGUGUCUGUGCCCCAAACGCAGCGGGCAAUACAAAAGCAAUCAUAAAGUUAUAGCCCGGUCGAAACAGUCGCCACUUCGGGCCACAUUGGCUGCUGCUUCCCCCUGGCCAGUUGGCCAGUUGGCCAUUUCCAUUUGCAGUACCAUUCCCGGUUUUCGGUCCAGUUGCCAGUUGCUGGCCCCAAAGAACUGAAAGCAAAAACCAACUUUACACCCUUGGGCGACAUUAUCCACCAGGCAGAACAUUUUCCGCACCCACAAUUGAAAGUCCGCCCAACGCCCACUUUCUAACACACAGUGCUGAAGUGUUGUCUUUACACCAGGCGAAUAUUGUAGCGAGUUUUCAUGCGAAUUUCCAUGCAAGUUUUCAUGCGAAUUUUCAUUCAAAUGUUCAUGUAAAAUAUUUAAUUUGGUAAUUGAUUUUGAACAUUUUCUAUCUUUUUUUUACAAGCCUAAGUAUCGAGUCUAGUUACUGUCUCUGUUUUGAUUUUUUUUUAUUCCCGAGAUGCUUUUUAUUAAAGAUUAUUAAAGAUUGCUGCAUGGCAUCACUGUUCCAGCGCUUUUCCAUUUCCCAUUUUCCCCAUACCCAAGCCCAUAUCAUUUAAUGUCCUAUCUAUGUUUCUGCUUCUGUUUUCGCCCACCUUUUUGGCUCAAUAAGAGCGGCGAAUUUAUUGCUUGCUAAUAGGAAAACAGCCUCCCUCAGGACUUUUCCCCAAGCCCCAAACUCCAACAACCAUUUUCCCCAUUUUCCCCGGCUUUCCAUCGUUUUCGGUAGGACAAAGUUUGUCCACAUUUUUUGUUUGUACGCUGGAAUGGGAGUGGGAGUGGGAAGCCCUCGAAGCAGAGGAAAAAUAUGUUUUCAACAUAAUUUCAUUCAUUAUAUUCGAAUUGUUAUUGUUGUUGGUCUGUUGGUCUGUUGGCCGAUGCCGCCGCUCAUUUUCAGCCGACCCAUUAUCGGCCACGCCCCCUCCCGCCUUCCCCCGGAAAACCCACACCUUGGGCGGGCAUUUUGGCUAAUUUGAAUUUGAUUUCAUUUGGAAAGUUGGCCGUUUUUGGCAUUUGUUUCAUGGCGCUGUUUUGAUUCGUGCGACAAGUGCAAAUGAUUGUACUCGUGAGUUGAUUAAUUGAAAACGAAUGCGAGGAGGGAUGAAAUUGAUUAUCGUUUUGUAUCCAAUUGAAUAUCCUUGAAAUUCACCGAAAUUAUCUUUGGCAAGACAAGAGAUACAUUUUCACCAGCUUGAUUUCCAGUCCCAACUAAAUUCAACGAAAUUAAAAGGAUACUAAAUAUUAGCCCGAAAUUCGCAAAUAACAUUCUUAGCACAAAAUAAAAUGAACCUCUAAGGUUUCACAGGAAUCACGAAAUAGAUGUUCCACAAAUACGGAUUUACAAAAAAGUCCUCUCGCGGCCCAAUACAAAAAAAAAAUCCUUUCAAAUGCGUGAGUGUGCGUGCGUGUCAUAUAUAUCACUAGUCACUAAAACAAAACAAAAAAAAGAGGAAAAAAACAGGCGUUGAAAGAAACUUAAUUAAAAACAUAUUUAUAUGGAAAUUGGAGCAAGCAUACGAAAACCGACUCAAGCGACAGAGAAACCAAAGUGUAAAAAUGUUUAAAUAUUUUUUACAAAUCGAAGCGGGCAAAGCUAACAAUAUGCCAAAGGGGUUAAAGGGGUUUAAAUGGGUUAAAGGGGUUGCACUUUGGACAUUAAUUGAACUCGACCCUUUGGGGUCGCUCCCAUUUGCCACAGGACAUUGUGUGCUCCAGCAGUUUAUACAUAAACACAUAGAUAUAUGAAUAUAAAUAUAUAUAUAUAUAUAUAGAUAUAUAUACAUAAAGAUAUUUGGGAUCGGGGGCAUUGCGGGGCCGACGAAACUAACACUAAAAUGAUAACGAAAGAAUCGAAGAAUCGAAGAGAAAAUCGCAUAAAGGAGACAUUUUUUUUAGAACGUACCUUUAAUAGAACGAUUAAGAAGCGUUCACGCAGAACAACUAACACUAAUUUUAAUGCAUACAUUUAAUGGUAAAAUGAACAUGAAACUAAAACUAACAAAUGACAUGGAUAAGCGAUAUACACAGCGAAAAAAAAAUUAGCAAAAUUGUUUAAUAAUGAGCGAAGCAAACCAAACACGAAUUGAAUUAACUUUUAAGUACAUAACAAAAAUGAAAAACUACAAAAAAAAAAAACGAACAAGAAAUUAAGACAAGAUAUUUAAACGAAGGCAAGAAAAAAAAAACUAUAAAAUUAUACGAUUUACAAAACUAAGAACAAAAAGUAAUUGUAAAAAUAGAGACAACUUUUUUUUGCUCAAAGCCAGGGGGCAAAUCCCUCACCCUCAUUCACUUUCCCCAAACAAAAAAUUAAACACAAAAGUAAAUAAAUAUUUCGCGGCACGUAAAAAUUUGUUCGUCACGAAUGUAAACCACAAAAAUCCAACACAAAACGAUUUUCUAAACAAAAAUGUUUGCAAAAAUUGGCCAAUCCAAAACCAAAUAAUGUUUAAAAUUAAACUAAAACCAAACCAACAUUCAAGUAAAACCACAAGAAGAUAAGAAAAACGUAAGAAAUUAUAAUUAAAACCAAAACUUAGCUUCUAGUGAGAGAAUUUUUAAAACCAAGCAAAAACGAAAAACCAAAAACGAAACGAUAGAAAAUGCCCCAGAAACCAAAAUAUGAAACAAUGUUAACAAAUCGAGGAAAGAUUAAUAUAAACUGGAAUUAUGUAUAAGAUCGGCUAGCCGACACUGAAAUACCCUUGCAAUCGAUUACAAAUGUCGAAACUCGAAAGUCUUUCUUAAAAUACCCUUGAUAGGUUUUAUAAAACUAUUUUUUUACUGCGUUUUUUAAAUUAAUGUAAUAGUUUGGUUGCCAAACCUAAUACGUAAAUAUUUUGUAAAAUUAAACAGUUCUAAAUUCCGAUUAUAUAAUGAGAAAUGCAAUGUAGAAAUGCAUGGAACCUUUGAGAGCGUACGAUUGCAAGGAUAUCGAAUUAAAAGUUUCUAAGGAAGAAGUGCGAAGCCUAAAACCAAAUGAGAAACCGAAAUUUAACUAGAGAAUUCUUUUCAAAUAUCAAAUAAAGCAAGAAAAUAAAUACUAUAAUAUUUCAGCCACGAAGGGAGAGCUAAGAAGUGAAUAAAACAAACGAAUGCAACCAACCAGUAACAACAACAACAACAACACACACACAUUUCAAUUGCGCUCGUUUAGCCCAUAUAUAGUAUAUUUCAAUUAAAAGAACGAAAAAAAAAACACAUUACAAUAUUUCAAUAUGUCAUUAAGUCACAGCGAAUAAACAACAACAAUAAGUUGAAGGCGACUUACAAAUCUAAA